AUGGAAGGGUUCAGACCGUAUUUAGUGAUUUUAGUAUUAUUUUUAAUUAAUACAAUCCAAGCUGAUAUCAUAGUAGAUACUACUUUAGGUAAAGUUGCCGGUAUUGAAGUCAAAUCUAUAUUAAAAAAUGAGAAAUAUUAUUCGUUUAUGGGCAUUCCCUAUGCCAAACCGCCGCUUGGGAAGCAUAGAUUUCUGGCUCCAGAACCACACGAAGGAUGGACCGAUGUCCUAGAGGCCAAAAAGGAAAGAAAGACAUGCUCCCAAAUGAAUUUACCAAUGAGGCCGUUGAAGAAGCAUGGUUUCUGUGGUCAAGAUGACUGCUUAACUCUGAGUAUUUACACUCCAAAACUGCCAAGCAAUAAUGAGCUUAGCAUGCCUGUCAUCGUGUUCCUGUACAAUGAGCACUUCAAAGUAUCACACAACGCAUCCAGAGAAUACGGUCCAGAUUUCAUAGUCAAAGAAGAUGUCAUUGUCGUCUCUAUACAACACAGAGUUGGAUCCUUUGGCUUUUUAGCAUUCAAUGAUGAAAAGUUACCAGGAAACAAUGGUAUCAGAGACGUAAUAAUGGCCCUAAAAUGGCUGCAACAAAAUAUCCACAACUUUGGUGGAGACCCUUACAGUAUUACGUUAAUGGGAGUUGAUGCAGGAGCAGCUAUGGUUGAUCUGUUACUCUUAUCACCUAAGGCAAAGGGACUGUUUAGUAAAGCUAUACUUCAAAGUGGAACAGCAUGGAAUCCAGUUCACAUGCCAACAAACCCUGUAGACAAAGCAACAGCAUUAGCUAAACAACUUGAGAGAACAGCUGUCACCAGUACCAAUUUACUUGAAGAAUUAUCGUCUAUAUCUUCGAUGGAAAUCGCUACUGCCGAGUCCAUGUCAGUUGACGCUGACGAAGGGAGAAAAAUACAAUCUGGAUCUGUACCUUUUGGACCUGUUGUUGAACCAGAUCACCCUGAGGCUAUCAUCACUAGUCGUCCUGAAAACGGUCCUAUCGACAUAGACAUACCUGUUAUGAUUGGUUACAAUUCUAGAGAAAGUAUCGAAAUUAACGAACGUUUCUUACGUAAACCUCAGUACUUGACAUUCGCUGAUAGAGAUUUCUUGAUGGUGUUCCCAAUCAAAGUCGAUUAUCACUUUCAAUUAAACUCAAACAGUUACCGUAAAGCAAUUGAAGAGAUUAAAGAAUUCUACUUCGAUGAAGCUUAUGUAAAAGUAAGUAAGCCAGGAGAAUAUCUGACCUAUGUUUCAGAUGUUAUGGUUUUCUAUCCCAUAGACUAUGCUCUAAGGAAAUAUGCGAAUGAAUCUAGCUCGCCUGUGUAUUAUUACACGUUUGAUUAUAGUGGGGAACUAAAUAUGAGAAAGAAUAAUGUAAUGGAAGAGGCGGUUACUAUGGAGGGAACAUGGGGUGCUACUACGGGAGAUGAACUUUGUUAUCUGUUCGUUUGCAAACCAAUUACCAAGUUGUAUAAAAAAAUAUUGGAAGAUGAGGAGGCCGAAGAACUGAAAGUCAUUAGAAACAUGGUUAAACUGUGGACCAACUUCGCGAAAUCUGGUAAUCCUACGCCUCAAGGCAGUGACUUCGUCUGGACUCCAGCCAGCAAAGAAGACAAGGACUGCCUGGUCAUCAGUGAUGAGCUGCAGAUGAAGAAGAACCUUCAUGCUGAUAGGAUAAAGUUCUGGGAUGAUUUCAUAGCCAAGUACAAAGCUUUAGCUGUAGAUGGAGUGGUCAAGUACGACAAAGAUGAACUUUAA